AUGCCACAUCUCUCUUCGCGGAUUCCGGACCCGCGCAAAAAUGCCGCCGGCGAUUUUCCCAGCGAGCAUAGCAAACGAAGCCAAAUCAAACUUGAGCCGCUUGAGCAGCGUCGCUUCAAGAGUACUGAAUCCCGUCCAAUAUCGACGAGCAGCUACUUGACGGAGAGUGUCGAAAGACAUCGUGAAAUGGAAGCCUCGCGGCUCAAGGACUACCUCAAAGCCAAGGAGAGCGAUGCGAAUCAGCCGUGGAACAAGCCCGGAUGGCCGGGACCGAAGAAGACGAACAAUGACGAAAGUCUCAGGGAGCUUGAGACCAUGAAACAAAGAAUCGAGACGCUUAAAAGGCCUCCGCAAGCUUCUCCAAUAUCUCCAGGCGAAUCCGGAUGGCUUAUAAAAAUGCGAAAAAAUCGAUAUCUCAACGAGGCAUCGAAGUCGAACGAACCAAAGCGAUAUCGAUCGAUGGAUCAACUUCAUACUCCCGCCAAAGAGGAGGACCCGACGGCAACACCGCACGGCUCGGACCCGCUCCACUGGCAAUUACGCAAAGAAUUCCAUCUCACAAAGUAUACCGAACGACGAUCUUCAUACCACGUGGAGUCGACGUCUUCUUCGCACCAUCAUCCGCCACCUGUACGAGCUGAUCGCGCGCCACCAUCACCGCCGCCAUUGCCGCCAACCCAAAUCACCGUGGUGCGGCCGACUCCUCUAAACAAGCCGUUGUCCAAAUCACAACAACUGUAUCCGCCGGGCUCCACUGAGGAUAUUGCCAGUGAACGAAAACCGGCAAUUCGGCCACCGGAGAAGACCGUUUAUGAAAACCAGCCAAUUCCACCGGCAGCGUUGAAUGUGCAAGAGAGACGUCCGGCACCGACGAAACCCAACGAGAUUGACUAUCCGGAAAGGUUGAUGAGCCCGCCGCCCACGCAUCAGCCGCGCUCAAUUUUGAAGGGAUAUAGUAGCAGUCAGCAAUAUUAUUCGCAGACGAAUUUGAGUGAAACAACGCUAACGCCACAACAGAUGCAUCCGCGACAAUCCGAACGCCGGACGCCCACACAUUUCGAAGAGCUCGAUGAAGAAGAGAAGACUAGAAUCAUGAUGGAGAACCUCCAGAGGCAUAGAAAUAUGCGCAGCGGUCCGCAUGGACCACGUGAGGCCCCACCGACUGCUUCCUUCAAUGGUCCAUUCUUUCGGCUGGAGCAAGUUAGCCCGGCGCCAGGACAACCGACGAGGAGUCAUUCGGUGGAUCCCACACGCGAUGGUGAAAGCCUACACCGAAUGCGAGAGAUAUCGGCGUCGGAGAUUGAAUUAAACCAGCACAACUUCCAUCGGCAGGAUCCAUCGGUAGUGAUUUGGCCGCCUGUGACAGAAAAAGAACGAAAAAGGCCAAAUUCGGUGCUUGCGAGGAAUCUGAACGAUCCGGAACGAAUUGAAGAAUACCAACGACAGAAACGAUUAGAACAAGAGGCGAUUCAGCGACACGAGGAACAACAAUUGAUAAGCAUGAGCAAGCAGAUUCGGGCGAUGGAGAUUCAACAGCAACGACUUUAUGAACAAUCUCAUGGUGUCAUCUCCCCAGUACCGAUUUUGGAUUCUGUUUCGCCCUAUUCUCAUCAGUCUCAACAACCGCCACAACAACAUCAUCAGCAACAACACGUGCCACCGCCUCCACCGCCUCCACCACAACAACAGCAGUUGCAGCAGCCACCUUAUUACAGUAGCCAGCAACCACAGUCGGCGCAUGAUCCCGGAAAUGCUCCGCAGCAUGUGCAAGUCUUCGAAACUCGACCAAUUUCAGCAAUGUCGGAUGCAAUUGAUCCUCGAGGCGACGCGGUUUCGCCGCCGAAUGUCACCUGGAAACGAACCUACAUUGUUGAGAAGCCGAAAGAUAUCGCCAAAAACGAGAUUCUCACAUCCGAAGAGCUUUUGGAAAAAGAGCAGUACGAGGUUGACUUGUUAAAGCGAAGAGAAACGUUCGUUGAAAAGCCAGUGGAGCCACCGAGAGUUCAUCGGACCGGUAAACGAUGGCAACCACCACCGGAGAAGCCGUACGUGUGGCCGACAGUUCAACGAGCCGCGUCCGUCGAUCCACAGCAGCGAUAUGAUGAUGGCGACGAGUACAAAUGGGCUCCUGUAGUCAACGAUCCAGGAUUCAAGAGAGAGGAGAAGAAUUUCACACCGCUGAGUAGUCCGCCUUUGUCGCCUAGAAGAGGGCAUGGAACUGGUCCGUUGGAUGAUCCGGCAAAACGACAAACACGCUAUGUCAUCCAUCCAUCUGCAGACGGUAGUCAUCGGCCGAAACCGGCGUUCAAAAAGGAGAGAGCGACACCGAGUGGUGGAUUCUACCCGCACGCGCCCAACGCCAUCAAGGUUGUCAAGAAGCGUGCGCAAUCUGUCCAGGGACUUCUAUCGCCGGCGUCUUCAGAACACGUCGAGAUUAUUCAUCAGCGGAAUUACCACAGACUUGACUACGAAAAUGGAAAUCAUUCAAAGUUGAGACACCACGGUAGCGAUCAAGAGCUUCACCAUCAUCGUGAUGAGGUGCAGGAUUGGGAGAAGAUCUAUGAGCUUCCGCCACACAGCUCGCAGAUUGUUCAAAAGGAUAUGCCGCGCCAUGUUGACGUCCAACGAAGGCUGUCAAAAUUCGAGGGAUCGAUUCAAAAUCUACGAGCGGCAUCGUCGCAACGAGACCUCGAUACAUCAAACCAUCUUCAAUUCCCAUCGCCAGACUAUGACAACAAGGGUAGCCGAUAUCGACAUGCUCAGCCGCAGAUGUCACGCCGCAAUUCAGUAGCUUCGACAAGAAUAGAUUCGCCAUCUAUGGCUCAGCAUCAGCAUCGUCAACAGCAGUCGUCUCGCGCCGAGUCUCGCGGAAUGUCGCGAGCUGCUUCGUCGAUAUUGCUAUCGCCACAGCCAGCGGGUCCGCCGCCUCAGCGUCCCACCACGCCUGGCGCAUCGAAAGCACGAAACUAUAUCGCACGAGCCACCGCUCCAAGUCCGACACCUCUAUCGUACGAACGCGCGAGAACAUAUGUCCCGCCGCCGUUGCCACCGGGCUAUCGGCUGACUGAUCCUGCGCCGGACCCGCGUGCCACUUCACCGUCGCCGGGACAUACGCGAAAGAUGAUGCGCAAUAUGUCUGAGUCGACGCAACGGCUCCACCCAAACACUACCCCACAGGGCUCUCGGGCUCCUUCGCGCCAUUCCCGACACAGUCCGAAUCCGCGAUUUCUCUAA